GACAACAAACUCCUCUUCGCUGUUACAUCGAAUAAACUACUGUUUGUUUUUUAGUUUCAUUGUAGUUUCGUCAGACCAGCUCACCGGAGGAAGAAAAAUGGAAAAUGUGCAUCUGGCUGUGGAGGAGGAGGAUCUUUAUUCGGGUUACAACGACUAUAAUCCGACGUUUGACUCCGAGGAGUUGGAGAAUGAUGUCGGCUUCCAACAAGCAGUGAGGACAAGUCAUGGAAGAAGACCUCCGAUGACUGCCAAAUUUCCUGGCACCGCCAUUGGAGCUCGGCCUUUAGCUUCUUCCUUUGGAGCUCGGAUCCCUAUGGCCUCUUCAAUGGGCAGACCCAUGACUGGAGCUGUGCAGGAUGGAGCAGCCCGACCGAUGACAGCAGUCAGAGCAGCAGGUUACACCUCCUCUCUCACACGUGGCUCGACCUUUGACCCUCUGGGUCAGUCCAGAGGCCCUGCACCUCCACUUGAAGCAAAGAAUGAAGACACGCCUGAGGAGAAGAUCAAGAUCCUGGAGAAGAAAGUGAACGACCUGAUAGAAGAGAGCUGCAUGGCACAGAGCAUGGGAGCCUUACAGCUGGCUCUGGAGAAAGCCAAAGAGGCGGGGAGGAAAGAGAGAGCGCUGGUGAGACAGAGGGAACAGACCGGCAAUGCGGACCACAUCAAUAUAGACCUCACCUACUCUGUUUUGCUCAACCUUGCCAACCAGUAUGCGAACAAUGAGAUGUACCCAGAGGCCCUAAACAGCUACCAGGUCAUUGUGAAGAACAAGAUGUUCAGUAACGCAGGCCGCCUGAAAGUCAACAUGGCCAACAUCUACGUCAAACAGAAGAGCUACCCCAAAGCCAUCAAGUUCUACCGGAUGGCCCUGGAUCAGAUCUCCAACACUCACAAGGAAAUGAGGAUCAAGAUCAUGCAGAACAUCGGCGUGGUCUUUGUCCGCAUGGGCCAGUACUCGGACGCCAUUACAUCAUUCGAACACAUCAUGAGCGAGAGCCCGAACAUCAAGACAGGCUUCAACCUCAUCCUGUGCUACUAUGCCAUCGGAGACCGUGAGAGGAUGAAGAAGUCCUUUCAGAAGCUCAUCUCUGUUCCUCUGGGCAUCGAUGAUGAAGACAAGUACAUCACAUCUAAUGACGACACUGACUCGGGUAUGGUCACCGAGGCCAUUAAGAACGACAAACUUCACCAGAUGGAGAGAGAUCUAAAAGUCCUCGCUGAAAAGUACAUCAUGACUGCAGCCAAGCUCAUCGCUCCGGCCAUUGAGACCUCUUUUGCCACUGGAUUUGACUGGUGUGUGGACAUGGUGAAGAGCUCUCAGUAUGUUGAGCUCGCCAACGAUCUGGAGAUAAACAAAGCCAUCACCUACCUCAGACAGAAGGACUUCAACCAGGUUGAGGCAGUGGAGACACUGAAGACAUUUGAGAAGAAAGACAGCAGAGUGAAGAGUGCUGCAGCCACCAACCUCUCUUUCCUCUAUUUCCUGGAGAAGGACUACGACCAGGCCGACCGAUACGCCGAUCUCGCCAUGAACGCUGACCGCUACAACCCGGCAGCACUUAUAAACAAAGGGAACACGGUGUUCAUCAAGCAAGACUAUGAAAAGGCAGCAGAGUUCUACAAAGAAGCUCUGAGGAACGAUUCAUCCUGCACCGAGGCCCUCUACAACCUGGGUCUAACCUAUAAGAGACUGGACCGCCUGGAGGAGGCUCUGGACUGCUUCCUGAAGCUGCAUGCCAUUCUGAGGAACAGUGCACAAGUCAUGUACCAGCUGGCUAAGCUGUAUCCUCUUCUGAACGAUCGCCAACAGGCAAUCGAGUGGUUGUUGCAGGUCUUGAGUGUAACUCACACAGACCCCCAGGCACUGGCCAAACUGGGAGCGCUCUAUGAUAGCGAGGGGGACAAGUCCCAGGCUUUCCAGUACUACUACGAGUCUUUCAGGUAUUUCCCCUCUAACAUCGAUGUGAUCGAGUGGCUCGGGGCUUACUACAUCGAGACACAGUUCUGUGAGAAGGCCAUUCAGUACUUUGAGAGAGCCACACUCAUACAACCAACCCAGGUGCAGUGGCAGCUGAUGGUGGCGAGCUGCUACAGAAGAAGUGGCAACUAUCAGAAAGCUCUGGAAACAUAUAAAGACAUCCAUCGCAAGUUUCCAGAAAAUGUGGAAGGCCUGCGUUUCUUGGUGAGGCUGUGCAAAGACAUGGGAUUGAAGGAAGUCCAAGAAUAUGCCGACAAGUUGAAGAAGGUAGAGAAGAUGAAGGAGAUCAGAGAACAGAGGGUGAAGUCGGGGCGGGAGGGCAGUGCCAGAGGUCGGAGGGAGGGCAGCGCCGGAAGUGCUGCAGGCGUCUCCACGCCUGUCCUCACCUCUCCUAAGAAGGCCAGCAUCAUGGAGGUGGAUGUGAAAGCAGUAUCUCAGUCUGAGUCUAAACAGCUCAGUCCACUGUUGGACUCAGGGAGAGACAGCAGCCACAGCAGCAACAGCACUAAAGGAGAGCGGCUGAGCGCCAAAAUGAGGUCACUUCCUGGUUCCAAUGAGCCCUACGAGGCCAGCAGCCCAAAAGAAAUAGAUGCGUCCUACGUGGACCCUGGGCCUCAGAUGGAGCGACCAAAGACGGGAGCCAAGAAGCGCGUUGAGGAUCAUGACCCCUUUGAUGAUGAAGAGCUGGUCGACGAGCUGCUGCCGUAGUAACCGCCUCCGCCUUCUGCCUUCGCUGCCUCGUCGGGACAUCUAA